AUUGUAGAAGACAGAUAUUAGCAGUCGGUGCUGCUUUGGUGUUAGGACAUUUGUUAAUUGUAUUCCUGUCAAUUACAACAACACGGAAAAGGAAGAUCCAUUAUUUAUUUCUGGAUGGUAAAGAAAUGGCUGAGGAAUAUGACUUGAAGACAGAUGAACUAAUUGUUCGAAAAUGGCGUGGGAAGAAUGCCCUUGGAGUGCUGGGUCAGUGGCAGAUUGAGGUGGGGGAGCCGGCACCUUCCACUGUGGGAGCUCUGGAGCCACAGCUUUUAAAGGAAAACAGCUCCAAUCCUGUUUUUAUGCGGAAAGAUACCAAGAGCAGUUUCCAGUGGAGAAUCCGGAACCUUCCCUACCCCAAGGAUGUGUACCACCUGUCAGUGGAGCAAGCUGAGCGCUGCUGCAUCGUGCGAACCAUGAACAAGAAGUAUUUCAAGAAGUUCUCCAUUCCAGACAUGGACAGGUGCCAGUUGUCACUGGAGAGCUCUGCCCUCAGCUUUGCACAUGCCAACAACACUUUGAUCAUUAGUUAUCAGAAACCCAAAGAGAUCCUGAUCUUGGAACAGGAGGUGCUGAGAGAGGUGAAGAAGAUGAAGGGCUCCAGUGAUGGAGAAGUGGAUUGCAAAACCCAGUGAGACAGCUGAAUCGCCUUGUUCCAUCCAUGUACGCUUGCGAAGGGUCUGGCUCAAAAGCAUGCUACUUGUUGCCAAUACAUUUUUUAAACACUUUUUUCUGCUGAACAGUUUUAGUUUCAUCAGGAAGAAGCGUAGAUCAAAAAAACACCUGAAAACAUAUGAUUCUGCGUUGAAAAGGCACUGUGUAGUGACUGAUGUUUGUCUUUAUAUUUCUAAUAAUUAUUUCUACAUGUGUUUGGCA